AAUCACGUCGAAGUUUACUUGCCCUCAUGGAAGUUGAAGGAAAACAUUAGAAAUCUGGACCAUUGAAAGGAUGUCAUCCAAUUGCAGUGUGACCACAUUAGAGCUGGACUCAGUGAGCCAGGCAGAAUGCCCCCCAGUUCACCUGCUACCCUGUGAGAUAGAGCACGACGGGCCUGCAGAGGUGUCCCAGUUCUUCACAGCCACCAUCAAAGACCGAAAACAUGAGAAAACGGUGUCGUUCAGGGGUCGUGGGUUAAAAGGUCAGGAGGUCAGCUGUCCGCAGGGCUACACAGGCCUGGUGCUGAGAGAGGUCAACAAAUCAGGCACUGACCAGGAGGACAGGACUGUGAAGGUGUCCUCAGUGUUCCAUAACGUCACCUACUGGAACCUCGAGACUCCGCCCAACUCUGAUGACGGCAUUGUCAUGGCAAUGGCCUGGCCGGAUCUGGCAGAAGCGAUACAUGGGCCGGUGGAUGACUGACAUGGAAGAGGCCAAAGCAAAGAUCAAUCCCUUCUCUACCCUCCUUUACAUGCUGCAGCCUGAAGACUGCCUCUAAACACAUUGGUUGUGUGUUCAGUAGCCAUUGCUUAGCUUGUGAAAAUGGGAAUAAUGGACAGACAAUGGGGAGAACACUCCUUACAGUCCCUAGUGUUGUAGUGGACACCGUGUCCAUCUUCUACAGAUCCAUAGGGGUGAAUUGCGCUUGCUGCUUCUUGUGACUUCUGUUACUAUUGUACCAUGUUCUUUUUGUUGUCAUUUUCUGUCAUCAAUUAUACUCAUGUUAUAGACCAUUGUGAUAC